GUUUGAAAAACUUGAUUAUAGUCAGAAAUCUAAGGUUUUCUAUUAGAAAUUACCUUCCCAAUCAACUUUACAACUAUUUCCAACAUACUGUGACAGGUUACUUUGUGUUCUUUUCUCUUCUUCUUGUCUGGGAAUGAGAAGAAGCAGAACAACAUGAGUAUAGAGGCAAGCAAGAACUGGAUUCCAUUCUACAAGCUCUUCUCCUUUGCGGAUUUUACAGAUAAAAUCUUGAUGGGAAUUGGCACAGUAGGUUCCAUCGCGAGUGGCGUGUGUGAGAUAAUCAUGGUUGUCUUGCUCGGAGAGCUGAUAGAUGCCUUUGGACACAAUCAGGAUAGAAACAAUGUUGUUCCAGCAGUUUCAAAGGUGUCAUUGAAAUUUGUCUAUGCUGCUUUUGCUAUGGGAGCAUCCUCGUUUCUUCAGGUGGCUUGCUGGAUAGUCACAGGAGAACGACAGGCUGCCCGAAUAAGGAACCAUUAUUUGACAAGUAUUCUAAGACAAGACAUCGGUUUUUUUGACAAGGAAAUAAGCACAGGUGAAAGUACUGCAAAUAUGUCCGGUGACAUUGUUGUCUUGCAAGAUGCUAUGGGUGAAAAGGUGGGGAAGUUCAUUAAGCUGGUUGCAGAAUUUGUAGCAGGAUUUGUGGUUGCCUUAGUUAGAGGGUGGCAUCUUGCACUGGUUAUGUUAUCCGCUCUUCCCCCAGUGGGGCUAUCUCUUGUGAUCACAUUCAUCUUCAUGGCGAAAGCUGCAUCUCGUGCACAAAGCGCUUAUACUAGAGCUGCAAAUGUAGUAGAGCAGACUGUUAGCUCAAUUAAAAUGGUUGCGUCGUUUACAGGGGAAAACAAAGCGGUGGCUAGCUACAAAGCGUCGCUUGCCAAGGCUUACAAGUCUGAGGUUUAUCAACAUCUUGCUCAGGGAUUAGGCUCUGGGGCUUUCCUGUUUAUUCUGUUCUCCAGUUUCUCUCUGUCUUUUUGGUAUGGUGGGAGGUUGAUCUUGGAAAAGGGUUAUACGGGCGGUAAAGUUAUCAAUGUAACGUUAGCUGUAUUGUUCGGUUCAAUGGCUCUGGGACACGCAUCAGACUGUAUGGCAGCAUUUGCUGCAGGGCAAGCUGCAAUGUUCAAGAUGUUUGAGAUUAUAAACCGAAACCCAGAGGUGGAUGCAAACGAGAACGAUGGUAGAGUGUUAGAUGAUAUUCAAGGCGAAAUUGAGCUGAGAGAUAUCCAUUUCAGUUACCCAACCAGACAAAAUGACCUAAUCCUCAAUGGAUUUUCAGUGUCAGUUCCCAUUGGCAAAGCCUUAGCUUUGGUAGGUCACAGUGGCAGUGGCAAGUCAACAGUGAUAAGCCUGAUAGAGAGGUUCUAUGUUCCACAAUCUGGCGAAAUUCUCAUUGAUGGGGUCAAUAUUAAAAUGUUCAAGCUGAAAUGGCUCAGGCAACAAAUUGGCCUGGUCAGUCAAGAGCCUGUUCUAUUCACAACCACUAUAAAAGAAAACAUUGCCUAUGGAAAAGGCUGUGCAACUAUGGAAGAAAUCAGAGUUGCAGCCGAGUUGGCAAAUGCUUACAAGUUCAUUAAAGAUCUACCUCAGGGACUAGACACCAUGGUUGGGGAAAGGGGAACUCAGCUGUCGGGUGGACAGAAGCAGCGAAUUGCCAUAGCUCGAGCAAUCUUAAAAGAACCGCGGGUUUUGCUGCUGGACGAGGCAACGAGUGCUCUAGAUGCUGAAUCUGACAGAGCUGUGCAAAAAGCACUGGAAAAAGUUAUGGUGAAUAGAACAACUGUCAUAGUUGCCCAUCGUCUAAGCACAGUUAGAAAUGCGGAUAUCAUUGCAGUUGUUCAUCAAGGACAGAUUGCAGAAAAAGGCACUCAUUCUCAACUUCUCAAGGAUCCUGAAGGAGCCUACUCUCGGCUUCUGCACUUGCAAGAGGCGAAUAAAGCAGAAGAAUUGCGGGGAGGUGAGGAUAUGACAGCAGAAUCCAAUAUAGAGAUGGAAAAAUGGAGCUCGGGUUCAAUGUCAAUAGAUGUUGCUGACAACUAUCCCACAAGACAUGGGAUUUCUUCCAACAAAACACCCGAAAAGGCUGCAGAUGUUUCACUUUGUCGCUUUGCCUCACUCAGCAAGCCAGAACUUCCAAUGCUCGCAGCAGCUGCCACUUUUGCUCUCAUUUAUGGAGCUAUCUUCCCCGUUUUUGGCUUACUUUUGGCCAAUAUAAUCCAAACAUAUUACUUGCCACCAAAUAAGCUGAAGAAAGAUUCAGCAUUCUGGGCACUAAUGCUUGUGAUUCUUGGAGCACUGGCAUUACUGUCUAUUCUGAUAAAGUUAUGCCUAUUCGGGGUGGCGAGAGGUAAACUGAUCAAUCGAAUUGCAUCCAUGUGCUUUGAAAAGGUCGUUCAUACAGAAAUUGGUUGGUUCGAUGAGCCACAGAACUCGAGUGGAGUAAUAGUUGCAAAGCUCUCUUCUGAUGCUGCUACAAUCAGAACAUUAAUCAGUGAUGCCCUUCUGCAGAUGAUUCAAAAUCUUGUUUCUUGUAUUCUUGGUUUAGUCAUUGCUUUUAGAACAAACUGGCAGCUAUCACUGUUUUCCUUCAUCAUGUUCCCACUAAUCGGGGUAAAUAUAUACGUUGAAGCCAAGCACACGAAAGGGUUCAGUACCGACACAAAGAUGUUGUACGAGGAUGCCACGCAAGUUGCCAGCGAUGCAGUUGGAAACAUGAGAACAGUGGCAUCCUUCUGUGCAGAAGAGAAGGUCAUGGAGCUAUACAACACAAAAUGCGAGAAACCAAAGAAGAGAGGACUGAGGAGAGGGCUGAUAACAGGGAUCAGCUUUGGUCUAACCUGUUGUUCGAUAUUCUUUGUUCAUGCCAGCAUUUCUUAUUUUGGUGCACAUCUCGUGGCACAUGGCAAAGCAACAUUUGAAGAUUAUUUUCGUGUUUUCUAUGCAAUGUAUUUUACAACUUCUGUACUAUCUCAAUCAAGCUCCUUCACCCAAGAUUUCCGAAAAGCAAAAGCUGUUGCUAAGUCGAUAUUCGGGCUUCUAGAUAGACAGUCUAAGAUGGACCUCGACGAGAAGUCUGGUUUGGAACUAGACUCAGUGCAGGGAGAAAUUGAGUUUCAAAAUGUAUGCUAUGCAUAUCCAACUAGAUCAGAUGUCAAAGUUCUCUGUGGUUUCAGCUUCACAGUUCAGAACGGGAUGACAGUUGCACUGGUGGGGAAGAGUGGGAGUGGGAAGUCGACAGUGAUAAUGCUAGAUGGAGUUGAUAUUAGAAAUUUGAACCUGAAGUGGCUAAGGAAGCAGAUGGGGCUUGUAAGCCAAGAACCAGUUUUAUUAAAUGACACCAUCAGAGCAAACAUUACCUAUGGGAAAGAAGAUGAUGUAACAGAAGGAGAAGUCAUAGCUGCAGCAGAGCUGGCAAAUGCUCACAAGUUCAUCAGUGGCCUGCAACAGGGAUAUGACACGGUGGUAGGGGAGCGAGGGGUUCAGCUGUCUGGGGGACAGAAGCAGCGAGUGGCUAUUGCCCGAGCUAUUAUGAAGAGCCCGAGAAUACUGCUGUUGGACGAGGCGACUAGCGCGCUAGAUGCUGAAUCGGAGAGGAUGGUUCAGGAUGCACUGGAUAAGAUUAUGGUGAACCGGACCACGAUUAUGAUAGCACACAGGCUGUCAACAAUUAGAGGAGCUGAUGUAAUUGCUGUAGUUAAGGAUGGGGCUGUUGUGGAAAAGGGAAAGCAUGAUAUGCUUAUUGCUAAAAGAGAUGGUCACUAUGCUUCCCUAGUUGCACUCCACACAAGCCCUUCAUCAGAACCCUCAGCAGCAAAUGUAUACAGCUUAUCGAAAUUUUCCCUAGACAGCUCAGUUAGUUCCUGGGUGGUAGAUUGCAAAUAAGGACACAAGACCAAGUCUGGCAGCCAUAAUGUGGGAGUAUCCAAUGUGGUUUGGCACCAGGUCGUCUCCUAGGUCACCGUGAUUUACCCUCCGCUAU